CAUAUUCCUUACUUGAGUCAAGAAGAAAAACUCUUUUUAAAUACCACAGCGACCUACAGCAAAGCACGUCGAAUGUCACAUUCUAUCGACGAAGACCACCAUCAUCAUCAUCAACAACAACAGCAACAACAGAGGCAAGAAUCUCCCAAGGCCAAGGAAUUAGAAUCCUUAAUAUUUGAUCAACCACAAAGAACCGUUCGAUUAAGCCUAACACCACGUUGCGCCGUUUAAUAUCCCCUAUUAUUUCUAUUCUAAAGCGUAUAUCCUAACCCCCGAUACCUCUCAUCAAAAAUGGCUGAAAUCUUUUCUUUUUCACCCUACAAAGCCUGAAUGGCCUUAAUACAUAAUAUACAUAAUUAUACAUAUACCCUCUAUACUCCCUUCUCUGGAGAUACUUAUAAAAUAAAUCUUUUUUUGGCUGCUCUCUCUCUCUUUUUUUUCUUUAAAUAUAGAUUAAUUGAUAAACAAAGUUUAAGCCCAAAUGGGCGUGAUCAUUUUUUCCUUGGUAUUGUUGUGUUUAUGCACCUUAUCAGUUAACCUUUGAUAAGUGUCUUCUGAGCCUUGCAUAGUAGCGUGUCAUUGUUACCUUACUUGUUCAAUGUGCCACAAGGGUGUGAACAGUUUUUUUUUUUUUUUUUUUUUUUUUUUUUUUUUUUU